CCACUUUCUUGCCGCUUCGGAGGCGUCUUCUUGAGCUCCAACUUCAGUGUUCUCUUGCGCUUGUCAAUGGAGUCCGUGGCUGGGGAUGCCGAUGCAUCUCGGAUUCUUGCUGAACUUGAGUCGUUGAGGGACACAAAAAGUGUUAUAGAGCAAAAAAUUUCAGUACUUGAAGCUCAACUCCACGAGAUUAAUCUCCGUAAUGAGGUACCGAACCGUGCCUCUUGCUCUCCUACCUCCGUUCUCAAUUCGAACUCCGCCAACGGAUUGUCCCCUGAUAUGAUUUACAGAUACAGCCGCCACCUUUUGCUUCCUUCUUUCGGUGUUGAAGGACAGGCAAAUCUCUUGAAGUCAUCAAUUUUAGUUGUGGGAGCUGGAGGUUUGGGUUCUCCCGCAUUGUUAUACCUUGCAGCUUCUGGGGUUGGUCGCUUGGGUAUCAUUGAUCAUGACCUGGUUGAGCUGAAUAAUAUGCACAGGCAGGUAAUCCACACUGAAUCAUAUAUUGGUCAGCCAAAAGUAAAAUCUGCUGCUGCUGCUUGUCACAAGAUCAACUCCACCAUUCAAAUUGUGGAACACAAAGAAGCUUUGCGGGCUUCCAAUGCCUUACAAAUUCUGAACCAAUAUGACAUAAUAAUAGAUGCAACCGAUAAUGCUCCAAGCCGCUACAUGAUCAGUGAUUGCUGUGUAGUUUUAGGAAAGCCUCUUGUAUCAGGUGCUGCCCUAGGGUUGGAAGGCCAGCUUACUGUUUACAAUUACAAGGGUGGUCCAUGCUAUCGAUGUCUAUUUCCAACUCCACCACCUACAACAGCUUGUCAAAGAUGUGCUGAUAGUGGAGUUCUAGGUGUAGUUCCUGGUGUUAUUGGCUGUCUCCAAGCUUUAGAGGCCAUCAAGAUUGCUAGUGCUGUUGGUGAACCACUCUCUGGAAGGAUGCUUCUAUUUGAUGCAUUGUCUGCACGGAUUCGUAUGGUAAAAAUAAGGGGAAGGUCUUUGCAAUGUGAAGUUUGUGGAGAGAAUUCAACAUUUACUCAACAGCAGUUCCAAGAAUUUGAUUAUGAGAAAUUCACUCAGACUCCACUGACCUUGUCACCAUUGAAAUGGAACCUUAUUCCAGCAGAAUCAAGAAUUAGCAGCAAGCAAUACAGUGAAAUAAUUAGUAAGAAAGAACCACAUGUGUUGGUGGAUGUGAGACCAGCUCACCAUUUCAAGAUUGUAUCUCUUCCAAAAUCUUUGAACAUUCCACUUUCAACCUUAGAGGUCAGGUUGCCGGAAAUAUCAUCGGCUGUAAAGAAAGAAGAGGAUGAGCUCGGUGUUGGUGCUGCUUCUGGUUCAAGCAUGCAGUUGUAUGUUGUAUGCCGAAGAGGAAAUGAUUCUCAGCUAGCUGUUCAGUAUCUUCAGAAAAUGGGUUUUACUUCUGCCAAGGACAUUAUUGGGGGCUUGGAAUCUUGGUCCAACGAUGUUGAUCCCAACUUUGCUUCAUAUUAGCUGAAUCGCUGUUUCUAGUAAGCAUUCAUGUUUUCAGGUUACGUUGCUUAUUGGAAAUAUCAAAAUUCUGUGCGCUGCUUCCUAUCAAGCUGUAUUCUUUUCUCAACUAGGAUUGAAUGUCAUUCCGUUGCACAUGUGUAAUGUUUACUACUGUUGUCAUUACUAUGAAUCAUAAUUUUUUUAAUUGCUUUUCA